GCCUCACCUGUCCCCACUCACCGCGGACGGGCGGCGGCGGGCGCGUCAGGCUGAGAAGCCGCCGCCAGGAAUGAAUCUGAAGUCUGCUGCAGUAAAACACUGAAGGCUUUAAAAUGUUUUCUUGCAUAAAACUCAAACUUUAAGUAGCUGCUUAUGAGGAUAGGGAAGGCAGGAAGCUAAUGUCUGUCUCAAGAUACAGGACAGCUGUUUGCUUGCUCAUCAACCUCCACUGUGUAGGAGUGAGAGGCAUUUUCAGAGAAUGAGAACACCUAACAAGUGAUCACUAUUAAUGUGGCAAGGAGGCCUUGUACCAGCUGUUGGUGAGCCACGGAUAAAUACGGAGCCUUGGAUUUAUGACUGCAGGGGUUCCUGGACCACAAUUUGAGAACUGCUCGUUUAGAUCAUGGACUUUGCUGUAGUCAGACUACCUGGAUCAAAUCCCAGCUCCAUCACUUAUUAAUUAGCUUCAUGACAGUGAGCAGUUACCCUGAUAACACAACCAAACAAACAUUGUAAGAAGAGAGAAAGCUGCAGACCAGUAUCCCUCAAGAACAUAGGCCAAAAAAAAAGGUGUACACCAGAGGAACAUGGCUCAAGAAACGAAUCACAGCCAAGUGCCUAUGCUUUGUUCCACUGGCUGCGGAUUUUAUGGAAACCCUCGUACAAAUGGCAUGUGUUCAGUGUGCUAUAAAGAACAUCUUCAAAGACAGAAUAGUAGUAAUGGUAGAAUAAGUCCACCUGCAGCUUCUGUCAGUAGUCUGUCCGAAUCAUUACCAGUUCAGUGCACAGAUGGCAGUGUCCCAGAGGCUCAGUCAGCAUUAGACCCUACAUCUUCAUCUAUGCAGCCAAGUUCCGUGUCAAAUCAGUCACUGUUAUCAGAAUCUGUAGCAUCUUCCCUGGUGGACAGUACAUCUGUGGACAAAGCAGGACCUGAAACAGAAGCUGUGCAAGCUUGUGUGUCAGACACAGCACAGCAGCCGUCUGAAGAGCAAAGCAAGUCCCUUGAAAAACCAAAACAGAAAAAGAACCGCUGUCUCAUGUGCAGAAAGAAAGUGGGGCUCACUGGGUUUGAAUGCCGCUGUGGAAAUGUUUAUUGUGGUGUACACCGUUACUCAGAUGUGCACAAUUGCUCUUACAAUUACAAAGCUGAUGCUGCCGAGAAAAUCAGAAAAGAAAAUCCAGUAGUUGUUGGUGAAAAGAUACAGAAGAUUUGAACUCCUGCUGGAAUACAAAAUCCUUUGACCAUCUGCAAACUAAAAAUUGACUUGAGGUUUUUUUUUUCCUAGUCACUGGGAAUGUAGAGCAAUGUAUGUUGCAUAGACCUUUUAAUCAUGCAUGUCAUCAAAAGAAUAGAUUUUUGUUUUUGUUUUGAAAAUAACUCUGAACAUUUAUUUCCA